GGAAGUGAUGGCCUUGCCAAAUUAUCAGCGUGAUUUGCUCAUGUGCCUGGUGAUUCGGCGGGCAGUGAUUGGCUGCACUGCUCGGCCCAUAUCUCCUCAGGCGCUGCGCGGGUGUCUAGGCGGUAAAUCCGGGUGCGCUGCGCACCCUCAAGCCUUGAGCAAAAAACUGGACGAUAUCUGGUGCAGAUCGGAACCGCACACAUAACUAUACCUUUCGCAAUACGCAGACGACUCUCGGCUUUCAGCUCUCGGCUCUCGGCUCUUUGAUCUUUAUCGCUUUGGCACUCGCUUAUAUCCCUUGGUAGGUGCGAACAGCAGCCGAGCCAAGCAGAUAAAAAUAAAUAAUAGCAUGUUGCGCGCACCGUCGCUCACCGCCCGACUCUGCAGGCAAUGCAAAGUGCCUGCUGGCGCUAGGAUCAUCCAGGUCGUCAGAAUGCCAGCAAAGAUAUCGUCAACGACAACACUUGGCCUGAUAAACACACGGCACAUACUGCCACGAGACGCGCAAUUCCAGCGGCUCUACUCGACAUACCCAGACAUCAACGACAUUGCGGCCGAGGACGUCGAGGCGGUCGAGCGCUUUAUGGCAAAGUUUUCGCGCGACAAGAUUCCGUACAAGACGUUCGAGGUGACUUUCCAGCGCAGCAGCGGCGCCGGCGGCCAGAAUGUCAAUAAGCUCAACACCAAGGUGUACAUGCGGUUCAGUCUGGAGCAGCAGGCGUGGCUGCCCAAGUAUGUGCGGCGGCGCAUGCAGGAGCUGGACGCCAAGCGGGUCAACGGGCGCGGCGAGUACCUGAUUACGUCGGAAAAGACGCGCAUGCAGCGGCUCAACCUCGAGGACUGCCUCGACCGGCUGUGGGAAGCCAUCAGCGCCGCUGCCGAACUGCCCAAGGGCCCCGACGAGGAGACCAUCAAGCGCGUCGAGGGCCUGCAGAAGGCUGAGAAGUUUCGCAAUAAGGAGAACAAGAAGCGCCUGUCGAUGCGCAAAUCUAACCGCAGAAAGGGCGGAUCGGACGACUGCUGAUCGUGUGCCGAUAAGAUGUUUUUUUCAAGCUCUCUUUUCUCUUCAGCAAAAGCAGUCGGCCCCCGGAAAUUUUCACUUUUUUUGUCAACACCGCCAAAAA